GAAAGAGGUUAGUGUCUGGGUUGCGGAGCUGGGUGCCAGGGUGGGGGUUCUGGGCGAGGCCUGCGCACCCUCCUUUUCUUGGCGGGGGUCGGGUGUGUGGUCCCGGUCCCCGUAAUGUACGGAGGCAGAGGGAAAGGGCUCUGGCCCACUCGGCGUCAUGUCUUCGGUGCCCGCGGCAUCCAGUCCGCCGGUUCUAUCCUCAAGCGCCGGGACACGGCCUCCGAGAAGCGUGGCGGAACGGAGGUUCUGCAGGCUCCUCCCUCGUGCGCUCACGCCUUCUCCUUUGAUUUCAGGUCUUUGGAACCGCCCCUGGAGCCGGAGCUGUCGUGUCCCCUCCUCUUUAACUGCCCGUUGCAAACAAUAAAAGACGAUCGUACACUAAUAGCUUUUCUCUUGGACCUCAGGCUCCUGCGGGCGUGUGGGCGGCAUUUCGCUGAAGGCUCUCCGGCCGACCUUGCGGGGAUCUCCAGAUGGCCGCGCUGCGCCGAACCCUCCACGUGGCGACACUGGCGGCUGGGGCGCGCCGUGCUUUGGCGGGGUACACUGCACCGUUUCUGCAUCGUAUUGAUGGAACUUGGCCGGUGGGUGACACAUGUGCUCCACUCGUGUCCACAGGCUCCCUGGCUGGUAGCUGCCUGGCCGACCGUCGCCUCUGGGAUAAGCUCCAUGCCGAUACCCGAAAAGGCCACGUCCCCACGUUCGACUGGUUCUUUGGGUAUGAGGAAACCCAGGGGUUGCUACUGCCGCUCCUGCAGGAGACAGCGGCUGCCUGCCCACUGCGGGUGUUGGACGUGGGCUGUGGGACCUCCAGUCUGUGUACAGGCCUCUACACCCAGUGCCCACAUCCCGUGGAUGUGCUGGGGGUGGACUUCUCUCCUGUGGCUAUUGCCCACAUGAAACGUCUCCUGGAAGGUGGCGAAGGCCAAACACCCCUGUGUCCUGGGCAUCCUGCCUCCAGACUCCACUUUAUGCAGGCUGAUGCCCAGAACCUGGAGCCAAUGGCUUCCUCAGGCUCCUUCCAGCUAGUGCUGGAUAAGGGCACCUGGGAUGCUGUUGCCCGUGGUGGUCCUCAGGGAGCUUACCAGCUUCUGUCAGAGUGCCUCAGGGUCCUAAGCCCCCAGGGGACCCUGAUUCAGUUCUCAGACGAGGACCCUGAUGUGCGGCUUCCCUACCUGGAGCAAGGGUCCCCAGGCUGGAGUGUGACUGUGCAGGAGCUAGGCCCUUUUGGGGGCAUUACUUACUUUGCUUACUUGGUUCAAGGCUCUCAAAGCCUUCAGUCCUGACCCAACAUUUUUCUGUUGGGUGAAGAAGGCGAUGGACAGCUUUUCAACUUUGUAAGAUGGCUGGGAAGCGAGGAUUUGAGGCCUGGCCUCCACAUUUACUAGUUGGGUACACAGUAUGGAAUGUUUCUGUCCCCUGGUUCGCGAACUGACAGCAGGGUAGGAAUAAUAACCCGGAGUUAGGGGAUUACAGAUGAUGAUGGGUGAAAUAUGGAGCAUUUAGCAAUGGCAGGCACAAGAGGGGUGCUAAAUAGAGAAGGUACAGUGAUUCAUUCCCCAGCCCCAAUAAACUGGAACUCCUAAAAACAGGAGUUUUGUGGGGUAUUUGUGGGUUAUUUUGAGGACUUUGGGUUUUGUUUGCUUGUUUUUAGAUUUAUUUAGAGAGAGAGGGAGAAUCCCAAGCCAUCUCCAUGGCCAGUGCAGAACCCAAAUCACAGCUCCAUCUUAAAACCCUGAGAUCAUGACGUGAACUGAAACCGAGUCGGAUGCUUAACCGACUGAGCCACCUGGGUGCCCCCAUUAGAGGAGUUUUUUAAUCGAGGCGUUCUUAAUCCAAAUCCCAGUACAAACUGACUUGUGUGACCCAGUGGCCUCACCUAUAGAAGGGGGAAGACUGAAAGAACCCACAGAAUGGUCUCAACAAAUCACCGAAAUGUUGAGGGAGACCGAAGUAGACUUACCCUCAAAGCUUCUGGGAGGCAGGAGAUGUGAAUAUUCCAUAAAACAGCUUUGACAAACAUGGGAGCCUGCUGCUGGCUUCCA